UAAAGAUUCAUUCCAAGUGUAUGAGGCUGAGAGAGCAGAAAAGAAAAACACACAAGUAGUGGAAGUGGUCUUUAGUUUUCUUGGUCUUUCUUCUUCCUCCUCCCUCCCCCUCCCCCUCUGUAACAUCCCGCUUCUCUGUGUCCCUUUCUGCAAAUCAUCUGUCUUUCAGGUUUUCUGGUUUUUGGGUUUGUGUUUUUGGAAUUUGGAAACGACGGACAAAAAACAAACUUGAAAGGACGACGAUUUCUUCGAAAGCCAGGUGUUUUCAGAACAGAGAUCCAGGUUCUGUUGUUUUGAUUUAGGCUUCUUCUUUACUGAAUCGCCUCGAAGAAGGGUAGUUUUUGGUGUCCCUCGAGGGUGAUAGUUUCUUGUCUUUUUUUUCUCAGAUCUGGGUCCGAAGAGGCUGCUUUAUUUCGAAACCUCUUCCGAUCCUCUUUGUUUUUUUCGCUAAAACCUAUAAAUAGUUCUAAGAAAUUUGAUUUUCCUAGGAUUUUCUCUCACCUGUUCCUUUUGUUUUGGUUAAGAAACAGGUCGUUUUUUGUUUUUCUUGGUUUCGAUUCUGUAAAUUUCAGGUGGAAGAAAGAAAUGGCAGCUAUGAUGGAUUUCUGGAGCAGUAGCGCCCCGUUUCUCUCGGACUCGACCGACCCGUUUCGUGGCGGCGAGCUCAUGGUAGCACUUGAGCCUUUUAUCAAGAGUGCUUCUUCCUCAACUUCUACCUCUCCUAAUUCUCCCUUCUCUUCUUCUUCUCCUCCCUCUACCUCUACCUCACCGGAGCCCGUUUCCCCCGGGUUAUUCACCCUGGAGCAUCCUGGCUUAGUGGGGCUCAACCAGUUGACCCCAUUUCAGAUCCAGCAGAUCCAAGCCCAGAUCCAGUUCCAGCAGCGGCAGUUGGGCUCGUUCAACGGCUCUUGGCUUCAGGAGCAGCGGCACAGGCUCAGCUUUCUCGGCCCGAAGCCCGUCCCGAUGAAGCAAGUGGGCUCGCCACCGAAGCCCGCAAAGCUCUACAGAGGCGUCAGGCAGAGGCACUGGGGAAAGUGGGUUGCUGAGAUCCGGUUACCAAAGAACCGGACCCGUCUCUGGCUGGGCACCUUCGACACGGCCGAGGAAGCCGCCCUCGCCUACGACAAGGCGGCUUACAAGCUCCGCGGCGACUUCGCCCGACUCAACUUCCCGAACCUCCGCCACAACGGAUCCCUCAUCGGUGGCGACUUCGGCGAGUACAAGCCCCUCCACUCGGCCGUCGACGCCAAGCUCCAAGCCAUCUGCCAGAACCUGGCUCAGGACAAGCGCCUGGACGCCAAGAAGCAGUCCAAGUCUGACGGUUGCCGCCAUCCGCCGGAGGAGGAUCCGAAGCCGAACGCCACCGAGUCGCCGCAGCUGUCGGAGAGUGAUGGGUCCACCGGGUCGCCGUCGUCGGAUCUUGCUUUUCCCGACUUCACGGAGGAGGAACCAGAAUGGGAUGCAUCCAUGAUGUUACAGAAAUACCCAUCUCACGAGAUCGAUUGGGCUUCUUUGUAAGGCCCGAGAUCGAUCAAUUUUUUUUUCUGUAAAAAAGGAAUCCUACAUAUAUAUUAGAUAUUAGUAACUGGUGGCGGCCCGCCGCAAUUAACUUUUUUGACAGUUGCAGGGUCGGCCACCGUGUCUAUUGAGUCAAUUAGGUGAUUAUUAGUAUUUAGUAUCAGUAGUAGCAGGUGAUGUAUGUAACUAGUUUAUGUCCGCCAUGGUCGGCAGCUGGUUUUUUUCAAUGCUGACCAGGGGGAUUCUUUCUAUUCUAUUUUGGGAUUUGUGUUGUAGUAAUUGAUCUUCCAUUGAUGAUGAUAUAAUUAUUCUAGUUUGAUA